GACUCUUUCCUUUUCUUAAGCGUGAGGGUGUGAUUGUCAACUUUUUAAGGUUAUUUUAUAACUUUGUGGACUGUUGUCUAAGCUUUGGGGUGUGUGGUGACAAUUUCUUUGCUUUGCAAGGCACGUACUUUGUGUCACAAAUUCCUAAUAAAUUUGUAUUAAGAUGGUCCAUGUACAGAAAAAAAAGCGCGUGUCCAAGAAAUCCAAAUUGUCUUGGAGAAAACAUGUUGAUAUUACUGAUUUGGAGCACUACUUGGAAGACAAAUGGCUACAGGAACGUUUAGGAACACCCGCAACUGAGAAAUCUAAUGAAGAGUUGUUCUUGGUUGAUGCCACACCUGAAACAAAAAAGGUUGUUACAUCUAAGCAAAAACGUCGUCUAUUACUAAGAGAAAAGGCUCCUAAAUGUUUUUCUAUUUUGCAACCGCACAGUGCAGUUCCUGCUCCAAUGACAAAAAAGAACCAAAAAAAUGGAAAGACGACGUUGGAGUCUCUAAUUGAAAAGAAGUUAAAAAAACAUGCACACAAAUUCCAAAAAAUUCCCACGUAUAGUAGAGGAAAAGUGCGGCGAUUAAGUAAAUUAAAGAGUGAACAACGUAAAGUUAGUUUUAAUUCUAACGUGUGGAAUUGUGAAGCGCUUAAUCAAGUUGAGGGCGAAUGGAUUAAAGAUGAUACAAAGGAACAUACUUUGCACGGUACCAGCCAAUAUCGCAAAUCGGCUCCCCAGUCUAUUCUCACCAGACCCAGUAUCUUGCCUUCAAUUGAGAUACCACAUCCUGGAACAUCGUACAAUCCUGAUUUUAAGGAUCAUCAAAAGCUUCUAGAAGAGGUGGCCAAAAGAGAAGAAAAAAUAAUGAAAGACGAGAGACAUUUGGAACGGGUUACUACGGGAAUGUUUAGUAAGGUUACCGAAUCCGAAAGAGAUAAUAACUGGUUGGUUGAAAUGAGUCAAGGACUACAAAAGGAAGAGGCUGAAAAUUCUGACAAUGAAUACAAAUCCAUUAAUCCACCUGUCAAAAAUAAGAAAAAAGACUUGAAACAGAGACGGAAACAGCGAGAACAUAGUAAGCUUCUAAGUGCUAUACAAAUGGCCAAGAAAGCCAAGAAAAAAAUUACUGACAUACAUAAUUUGAGAAAUAUGAUGCAAGAAAUUAAAAAACAAACUGAUAAAGCGGAGAUAUUAAAAUCGAAACGACUCAAGAAGAAAGAAUACACACAACUUGAACCAAAACGGUUGGCCAGACGUAAGUUCGAGUCGGAAGAAAUUGAAUUUAACGCCCCGCGCGAUAUUUCGGGCAAUCUUAGAACUGUAAAAAAAGAGGGUAGUAUUUUACUGGAUCGUUUUAAGAGUUUUGAAAGGCGCAACAUACUGCGCCCGUCAUCAAAGAGCAACUCAAAGAAAGGCAAAUUUAAGAAGUUUACUAAAUCUGAUCAUAAAGACGAUUGGAAAACAACAGUCGCCAGGCCGAGUUUGUCAUAACCAUAAGAAAUAUUUAUGUUCGAUGUUUCACUUAAAUAAAGUAGUGAUCGAAAUUUUUACUA